AUGCCGUACUAUACCAACAUGCUGGGGGUUGCCUGGUGUAAUUACCCUGCUGCAGCUCCCUCGGCCAGGUGCUCAGGGAUUGUUCAAGCCAGCGGCAGAAGAGCCUGUAAGGACAGGGGGAACCCCUGGCCCGGGAAGCGAGGGCCGCUGCGGAGCUCCAGGGGCAGAACUUUCGGAGAAAGCAGGGCUGCCCACCCUCGCAUGGCUGUUCUUACAGUCCAGGAGCCACCAGGACCAGAACGGCCCACGGGGUCAACUCUCCUCCGCUCCCGCGCGCCCCCAGCGCCAGCGCGUGGCCUCGCAGCCAGAGACCGCUCUGGCUGCUUCCAGUGCGCUCCUGGUCCUGAGGCGCGGCCCCGCCCAACGUUCUGUCCGCCGGCGCCUGUGUCUCACCUGGACCGUGCCACAGUGACGCUGCUGUCGCGCGCGACGGGAUCGAACGCUCAGCGGAGCGCGCGCUCCCUGUGUGACGACCGCUGCGACAGUGACCUAACGAAGCCCCAACCGCCGCCGUAACUCUACCCGGGCCUUCCUGUGUUCCCCCGGAGCUUGUGCGAGGGCAGUCGGCGGCGGCCCAGACUCGCCCCGAUGGCGGCGGAGGGCGAGGCGGACGUGGAGUGGGUGGUUGACAGCAUCGCCGGCUUCCUGCGCGGGCCUGCCUGGUCCAUCCCCAUCCUGGAGUUCAUGGAGCAGAAGUGCGCGGUUUUUGAUGAUGAAGAAGAAAGCAAGUUGUCCUAUACAGAGAUUCAUCAGGAGUACAAAGCUCUGGUUGAAAAACUGCUAGAAGGUUAUCUUAAGGAAGUUGGAAUUAAUGAAGAGAACUUUAAAGAAGCGUGUUCAUCUCCUCUUGCAAAGUCACAUACGUCACAGGCCAUUUUGCAACCAGUGUUGGCAGCAGAAGAUUUUAGAUUAUUUAAAGAAAUGAUGGUACAGAAAAACAUUGAAAUGCAGUUGCAAGCCAUUAGAAUCAUUCAAGAAAGAAAUGGUGUGCUACCUGACUGUUUGACAGAUGGUUCUGAUGUGUUCACUGAAAUUGAACAACAAGAAAUGAAAAUACUCAGAGAGGUUCUUAGGAAGUCUAAGGAAGAGUAUGAAAUGGAGCAAGAAAGGAAAAGGUCUAAAGAGACACAUGAUAAAUUGAAGUCAUCAGAUGUUACAUACAGCUGUCCCGGAUAUUCAAGAGAAGCAAAAGUUAAGGAAUCCACUGAAGAUAUUGAGAGAGUUGAUGAUUUUGAAGAAAUUGCAAAAUUAUCAUUAGAAGAAACAAACAAAUCUACUAAGGAAGAUUUAAGGCCCGUGCAUCCUCUACUAAGAGUGAUAGAAUCUCCUCUACAGCCUUCUGAACCUACCAAGGUGAAAGAAAAAAUUAAGAAAAAGGCAACUGGAAAUUGUUCAGAGAAUGCAACAAGAGAAGCUGGGCUUGAGGGAUUUAAUUUAUCAGAGCUUGAACCGCACUGCCUCAGACAACGAGAAGACUAUUUAAAACAGAAGCGAGAUAUGCUGAUGGCUAUAAAGAAGGAGUCAAGAAAUAAUCUACCAACACCAAAUAUAGAUCAGAAAGAAGAGGAAUUAUCUUCUAAAGAGGAAAUGUCAGAAGAGGAGAAGCAAAGACUACUACUGAAGAGGAGAAUGCUUGCAGCAAAACUUAAAGAAGAAGUUAUUAACAAGCACUAAGUUUUAAGAAUCUCAUUGUAAGAAUACUUGUGGACAAGAAUUGAAUUUCUUUUAGAAUAAAUUAUUUAACCAUAAACUGCUUGCUUUUAAACACAAUAUACUGUUGAUUUUCUACAAAACAUGAGCAACUCAUUUAUUCAUAUACAUAUUUAAAAUUAAAUUGCAUCCAUAGUAGUAAAAACUCUAUUUCUCACACUAACCCAGUGGGCCAAGAUUUUUUGAAGUGCUGACUUCUCUGGGGUCUGCUAGGUGCUUAGCACUUUAGAAAAUCAGGCUACCUAUUUAGGCAGCACCUCAAUAAUUAUGAGGUAUUUUAUUACCAUAACACCUAGAAACCCUACGCAUGGACCACAUUGCCCUUGUGCAGUAAGGACUCAGGAUCCUACCUUUAGACACCCAUCUUUGAAAAGCUUUGCCAUAGCCACUUAUUUAAAUUUACACCUUUGUUCUCUUUAAUAUAUAAAAAAUUCAAACACCUCUACAUGGCUUUUUCCCCUUUUUUCAAAACACAUACUAGAAAUGUUCAUAACAUGGAAAACAUCAUCUAAAGAAUUCUUACAUCGGUUCUCUAACAGAGAGGUAAAAAUACAAAACUUGCUUCUUUUCCUUUUAUUAGUCUGUCAGCGAAAUAUUACCCUUUUCAAGUGUCAAAUAUGAUAAAGUCUAAUUAAACAGGGAAGCACUCAAGUUUUGUUUGAGAGAGAGGAAAUGCAGAUGAAGCUUGUGAAGUCAUGAGACAAAUUUCAUAGUAACUGUAGAUUCCAUUGUUUUUAUAAACUUUUUGGGCCAAUUUAACAGUAACUAAGGAACAGUAACUGUGUUUUGUGGCAAAGUACAACUUUUAAAACUAAACAUUUGUUGUCUCAGUUAAGUAAAAUGUGAAAGCACUUAUAAUGAGCUAGUCCCAUAAUUCAAAAUUUUGAAAACAAUUUUUGCCAUUUGGUUCACUACAAUUCACUGCUGUCUGGUCAUAAAUCCUGCUUAGAACAUUUCUCAGCAAAGAGGCUGUAAUCUGCAAGGUUUCAUCACUAACAAUGCUUGAUUGGCGCAGUAACUGAGUAAAAAAACACCCAACCAAUCAAAAUUUCAUGUAACUUUUUAUUAAAAUAGUAUUUAUAACUGAUACAUGUUGGCAGAUGUAAUAUUUUUUCUAAAAAAAAAAAAAAAAAAAAAAAAAUCUGUAGUGGAGGGGCCCCAGGCAUUAGAAUGUGUCUGUCCCUAGCAGAAUGCAGACAGCAUAUAAUAAAUCAUAGAUAAAAGAAUCUUUGCCUGAGGCAGGUGACCCUGGAUGUUAGCCAGUUUGAGUGGGAGCUCCAUAUGUCACCCUCCCAAGGGGGUUUAAAAAGUUUAAUAAAAAUGUUCAAACCUUAAGAUGACAUCAAAUGUCUCUUCAUAUAGUUUUAUUCUUCUAGAGUAACUAUAAAAAUUCACAACAUUCACAUAUUUGCUAUAGAAUAAAGGCUCAUGAGCUGGUCUGAAUGAAUUCUUAAAGCUCUUGGCAGUUCUUCAGAAGGGAAAGGUUACAGGAGAAAAAAUGAGAAACCAACACUUUUGAAUCAAAGAACUUUGUUUAAGGUAAUUUUUAUUAGAAAAAAAAUUGGGUUGAGGUCAGGUGAUGGUUCCAGCCUCUGAAGAGGAAAGGCAGACACUGCAUCACUUUGGAGCCUUCUUAGUGGUAACUAUAACUUUGUAGGAAAUUGUCAUCUUUGAGCAUGGAGAAACACGACUUGUCAAGAAAAUAUAAAACGGAGAUCUGGUGAGCAAGCAUAUGGUGACGAUAUUCCAAUCACAUUUGAACGAGCUUCCCUAGUCACUGCCUUUGAGUUGGAGGCUAGCUUACCAAAUGGGUAAGAGGAGAGGCCACAUUCUUGAUUGCCUGGAGCCUACAAGGGGCAACAAUAACUCCCCCAGAUCCACCCGCAUUAACUGUCAUCAAUCAGAAUGCUUUGUGUCUAGCUUACUGGUUGGUAAGAACUCCUGCAUUCUGGUUGGUAUUUGAUCUAGUGGUAUAUAAUAAUUGUUUAAAAACUGCAUGAAUAGUUUGUCUUAUUAAAGAAUACUUUAAAAUGGCCACAUUUCAAAAUUAUGAGUUAACUUACCAUGUACAACAAACCAAACAAAA